UAUUUUUUUAUUGAUCUUUUGUUAUGCUUGGUUGUUUGGCAAGGUGCGAGAAGAUGAAGAUCGUCAACUUUUGGAACCUCUUUUAAAAAUUAGUUCCAAGCGAAGCAAUGGUGAUGAUGGAAAAGAAUCAAGUGUCAGUGGAGAGAGUGUAACUCCUUAUGCAAAUGCCAAUCUUCUUAGUAUUUUUACUUUCUCUUGAAUGGGCCCCUUGCUUACACUCGGGUAUAAUAAAACACUAGACCUUGAAGACAUUCCUCAACUUGAUAAUUGUGAUAAGGCCAAUGUGGUGUUUGCUCAUUUUAGAGAUAAACUUGAAUCUGAUGGUAAUGGCAGUAGCGUUGGUGUUCAGACAAACACAUUCAAGCUAGUGAAGGCAUUGAUUCUCUCAACAUGGAAACAAAUUCUAUGUACGGGUCUAUUGUGCAUUGUAUGCACAUUAGCUUCUUAUGUUGGACCAUACCUUAUUGAUGCCUUUGUUCAAUAUCUCAACAGUAGUCACCAAAUAAAAUAUAAAGGCUAUAUGCUAGUGUUUAUUUUCAUUCUUUCAAAGCUCAUAAGGUGCUUCUCAGAGAGGCACUUGUUCUUUCAAUUACGAAAGAUGUCAAUGAGAGUCCGUGUUGUCUUGUUCGCAAUAAUCUAUAAGAAAGGAGUAAAGCUUUCAAGCCAAUCAAAGCAGAGACACACUAGUGGGGAGAACAUUAAUUUGAUGAGUAUUGAUGUUGAGAGGACUGGCCUUUUCAGUUGGUACUUGCACGAUAUAUGGAGGGUGCCUAUUCAAAUUGUCCUAGCGUUAUUGAUAUUGUACAAGAACUUUGGGCUCGCUUCACUUAUAGCUUUGGUUCCCACAAUGAUUUUGUUGUUUGCAAAUGUACCACUAGGAAAACUACAAGAGAAAUUUCAAGGGAAAUUGAUGGAUUCAAAGGAUCGGCGGAUGAAGUUGACAUCUGAAGCUUUGAGGAAUAUGAGGAUUCUUAAGCUCCAAGGUUGGGAGAUGAAGUUCUUGGAUAAGAUAAUUGAGCUUAGGAACUUUGAAACUAGAUGGUUAAAAAAAUUACUUUAUGCAUCGGCUAUGAUUUCCUUUGUCUACUUGUCUUCUCCCAUGUUUGUGUCCAUGGUUACUUUUGGGUUCUGUAUGCUUAUGGGAAUCCCCCUUGAGUCGGGGAAGAUUCUAACUGCACUUGCUAUAUUUGAGAUAUUGCAAGAGCCUAUUUAUAAUAUCCCAGAUCUAAUCUCCAUGGUAGUUCAGACUAAAGUUUCCCUCAAUAGAAUAGCAUCAUUUCUUUCUCUUGAUGAUCUUCAUCCGGAAAUAGUACAAAAACUUCCAAAUGAUAGUGCUGAGGUUGUAGUUGAGAUAGUGAAGGGAAAUUUCUCUUGGGACCUUCAUUCUCAUAAUCUCAUAUUAAAAGAUCUUAAUUUUCGAGUGUAUCGUGGUAUAAAAGUGGCUAUUUGUGGUUCUGUUGGGUCAGGCAAGUCAAGCUUACUUUCAUGCAUAUUGGGAGAAGUGCCAAAGGUAUCAGGAGCCAUUAAGUUGAACGGGACGAAGGCUUAUGUUGCACAAUCACCUUGGUUACAGAGUGGAAAGAUAGAAGACAAUAUAUUAUUUGGAAAGGAGAUGAAUAAGGAAAGGUACGAUAUGAUCCUUGAAGCAUGCUCACUGAAGAAGGACUUAGAAUUGUUUACAUUUGGGGAUCAAACUAUUAUAGGGGAGAGGGGGAUCAACUUGAGUGGUGGGCAAAAGCAAAGAAUCCAGAUUGCACGUGCUUUGUACCAUGAUGCUGAUAUUUAUCUACUUGAUGAUCCUUUUAAUGCCUGUGCUGCUCACACAGGAAAUCAUCUAUUUAAGGAAUGUUUGCUAGGAAUUUUGGGUUCAAAAACCGUAAUUUAUGUUACCCACCAAGUAGAGUUUUUACCUUCUGCCGAUCUUAUUCUGGUUAUGAGAGAUGGAAGGAUUACUCAAGCAGGAAAGUAUAAAAAAAUUCUUAGUUCAGGAACCGACUUUAUAGGCCUAGUGGGUACACAUAAAAAAGCUUUGGCAGUCCUUAAUUCUAUCAAAUGUGGGACUGCUACAGAUAAUUUAGUUAUUGGUGAGGAAGAAGGUAUUAUGCUUUGUAAUGAGAAAAAUAUUCAAGAAGAUGAGGAAAGGGAAACUAAAAAUGAUCAAACAGAAAAAUUGGUUCAGUCAGAAGGGCAGCUUGUCCAAGAAGAAAAGAGAGAAAAGGGUGGAGUUGGUCUUUCAGUCUAUUGGAAGUAUAUUACUGUUGCAUAUAAAGGGGCCUUUAUACCAUUGAUAUUGCUGGCACAAAUUCUUUUUCAACUUCUUUUAAUAGUCAGUGGUUAUUGGAUGGUGUGGGCUACUCCUGUUUCAGAGGAUGUGAGACCUCAUGUUAAAGGAUCUACCCUUAUCUUUGUUUAUGUUGCUUUGAACCUUGUAAGCUUUCUUUGCAUACUUAUAAGGUCCAUGCUCAUUGUAACUGCUGGAUACAAGACAGCCACUUUGCUUUUCAACAAAAUGCAUUUGAGCAUUUUUCGUGCUCCCAUGUCAUUUUUUGAUUGUACUCCGAGUGGAAGGAUUCUAAAUCGGGCAUCCACAGAUCAAAGUUCACUUGAUACCUCUAUUCCACAUCAUAUUGAAGAAUUUCUAAUGUCAAUCAUAGGAUUCCUCGGAACUACUGUAGUAAUGUCACAGGUUGGAUGGCAAAUGUUAAUAGUUUUUAUUCCGAUGACUGUGACAUGCAUCUGGUACCAGAAAUACUACAUGCCUACGGCACGGGAACUAUCGCGACUAAGCGGCAUAUGUCAGACUCCAAUUAUACAACAUUUUGCUGAAUCUAUGUUAGGUUCAACCACUAUCAGAUGUUUCGAUCAAGAAGAGAGAUUUAUGGACACAAACUUUAAGCUAGUGGAUGUGUAUUCUAGGCCCAAAUUUUAUUUCUCAGGUGCGAUGGAGUGGUUAUGCUUCCGCAUGGAUAUGUUGGCAUCUAUCACAUAUGCCAUCUUUUUGGUUUUCUUGACCUCAGUGCCUAGGGGAGUACUCAGUCCUGGUAUUGCGGGUUUUGCAGUCACAUAUGGGCUUGGUUUUAGUAUGCAUGUGGUCAUAUGGGUUCUUUCCAAUCUUGAAAAUAAAAUUAUAUCUGUUGAGAGGAUACUACAAUACACUUGCAUCCCUAGUGAACCCCCUCUGUUGGUAAAGGAAAAUAGGCCAAAUCAUGAUUGGCCAUCACAAGGGAAAGUUGAUAUUGUUGAUUUACAGGUCCGGUAUGCCCCCCACCUUCCUCUUGUCUUGCGAGGUCUCACUUGCACUUUCCUCGGAGGGAUGAAGAUUGGCAUCGUUGGGCGAACGGGAAGUGGUAAAUCAACUCUUGUACAGGCUCUCUUUCAUAUGCUUGAACCAGCAACUGGUCACAUUUGGAUAGAUGGUAUCAACAUCUCUAAGAUUGGCCUUCAUGAUUUACGGUCAAGAUUGAGCAUCAUCCCACAAGAUCCCACAAUGUUUGAGGGGACUUUAAGAAGCAAUCUUGACCCGCUUGAAGAGUACACUGAUGAACAAAUCUGGGAGGCAUUAGAUAGAUGCCACCUUAGUGAGGAAGUUAAAAAGAAGGAAGGGAAGCUUGAUUCUUUAGUGACUGAGAAUGGAGAGAAUUGGAGCAUGGGUCAAAGGCAACUGGUCUGUUUAGGACGAGUAUUACUCAAGAGGAGUAAAGUGUUAGUACUCGAUGAAGCUACUGCAUCAGUGGAUACUACAACUGACUAUCUAAUUCAGCAAACACUUAGUCAACAAUUCUCAGGGUCUACUAUCAUCACCAUCGCACAUAGGAUAACAUCAAUUCUUAAUAUCGAUAUGGUCCUCCUUCUCGAUAAUGGUAUUGUAUUGGAAUACGAUUCCCCAGCCAAAUUGCUAGAGAUCAAGUCUUCAUCAUUUGCAAAGCUUGUUAAGGAGUAUACUCAAAGAUUUAGUUCCUAGUUUUUGAAAGGCUAAGGUUCUCAAGCUGAAAAUGCCUUCUCACAGUACUGGGAAGAGCAUAUUGGUCUUCCACUCCCUCCACAUUGGUUAGUUACAAAGGCUUCUCCAUUAAGCCUCCAUCAGGUGCAAGUGUUUAUGGAACUUAUAGAGAAAAAUGAAUUAGCCUCCCACAUGAGUUCAUUCUGUAAGCAGGCUAAUGUAGCUUGUUCUACAAAUACACUGAAAAAUAAGACAAUGGAAGAAGACACAACCAAAAUACCCCAGUGGAAUGUUGCCAUAGUGGUUUAUGAACCUUCUCCAGAUGACACACCCCUAUCAGUUUCCAGUGAAGGAGGAUUGCCAUUUUUCAGGGAAUCAAUGGUAAAAGAGGGAGAUAUAAUGCCUAUCCCUGAUCGAAGAGACCCAAUGUCAUAUAUAUCAUUCUUACCGCGAUCUCUGGUAUCAAAAAUCCCAUUUUCUUUUGCUCAGAUUGAUGAAUUAAAGAAGCUUUUUGAUGUGGUAAAUGAAUCCAACAUGGAUGAGUAUAUUCAUGACACCUUAAAGACAUGUGAAAAGAGCCCCAUUCGAGGUGAGCAGAGCACCUGUGUGACUUCCGCCGAGGGUCUCAUUGAUUUUGUUGUCGAGAAAUUAGGGCACCAUCUACAAGUAUGGAGUACUAAGAGAGGCGUCGAAGGAUCUUAUAAUGAGAAUGUCACAAUUGGAGCUGUGAAACUUGUAUAUGGAAACCUCUCUGAACCACCAGCCUUAUGUCAUAGUCAGCCAUUCUCAUUUCAAGUCUAUUAUUGCCAUGUUUUGCAGAAAGUAAAAGUAUAUGCAGUUGAUAUACAUGCUCAGAAGAAAGUGAAUCAAGCGAUCAUGGCAUGUCACUAUGACACUUCAACUUGGAAUCCAAACCAUCAUGCUUUUAAGCUUCUGGGUUUUGGGCCUGGACAAAUUGAAGUCUGUCAUUGGAUAAAUGAGAAUGGAAUGAUCUGGACAAAAAACUCUCAAGGUUGAGCAGCAUUUGAAGAUAUGAUAAAAUCUUCCAGUUCUCUUAUCUGUGUUACAUGCAUGUUACUCUGCUUAUGCUAUUUAAAGGAUAAAUAAUGACCUAUUUUGGCUUGCUUGUUA